ACGUUAUGAAGAGCUUGGGGAGAUUUUAUUGAAAUGUAACAUAAUGAAAAUACAAUGUAUUAUAAAAUAAUAGCACAAACUUUAAAAAAAACAAUAUAUGUAUGUGCUUCACCAAACAUAUCAAUAUUUUCCAAAUGUCGUAGAUUUUACCAUGAUGCACCAUUUAUAAAUCUCUAUAAAGAAGUUUCUGGUCAAUCAGUAUCUGAAAACUUUCUUCUUGAACUACAGAAGAAGAAUCCAAAAAUAUUUAACCUAUCUGAAGAGCAGAUAAAAUAUACUCUACAGAUAUUAAAGAAAUUUAGUAUAACUGCUGAAGAUGCAUGCUUUGAUCCACAUGUGUUUUGUAUGAACCAUUUAUUAUUAGACAAUUAUGGAGAGAUUUUACGAGAAUGUAACUUCACUGUUAUACUCCCUAAACAUAUAAUAAGAUACCACACAUUGGUGAAAUCACGAACAAUAUCACAGUUAAAAAAAGAAGGUUUGCUAAAAGAAGAACUUAAUCUAGAACAGUUGUUACACAAUAGCUUUAAUGAUUGGCCAAGAGAUGGAAUAAAAUUGAUGAAUUUUCCAGAUUCCAGUACGAAUAUUUUGACAAUACGAAUGAGCAUAUUGGAACAAUACUUGCAAAAUAAAUUUAGCAUAACCCAUGAGGAAUUUCAAAAGUAUUGUAAAAACUAUUUACCUUUAAAACACAGACCAUUGUCUGAUAUCAAAGAAGCGGUAUAUAUAGCACAGAACAACAUUAAUUUUAACAUUGAUACCAUAAGGAGAAAUGGGUUUAUCAUAUCAUCGGAUCCAGCGAAUACAAAACUUAUCUUGGAGCAUGUUAACUCAAUCGGAGGUUUAGAUAUAAGAGAAGCGAUAAAAGUGGAACCUGCUAUAUUGAAAAACCAUUAUCAAUCAGUUUUAAAAAUAAAAAAGAUAUUGGAGGAUUUCAACAUUUCAAAUGAAGCACAAAGACUCUGUCUUAAAGUGUAUUGCAUGCGGCCUAACACAGUUCAAGAGCGGUUGGAGCACCUUGUAAAUCUGAAGGAAUAUCAAGUGCUAUCAUCAAAUCCAAGAGUACUUUACAUGGUUGUACAUGAACGGAAAAUGAUGAAUCGCCUAGCAAAAAUCCAAGCCGCUAAGAAACAAUGCUUCAGCCUCAAUCACCUCGUUUCCUCGACUAAAGUGUUCAAUACGUACAUAAACAGUUUUGGCAACAAGGUCUGCAGUCGAGACGUUGCGGUAUUGAUAAGUUCGUCCCUACGCGUGGCAGGAAUCACUAAUAAGUCGGUGCUAAGUAAAUUGAAACGUCACAAAUAUUGGCUUCAUACUGCUUUGAACGUAGUUGGCGAGAACAUACAAAUGCUGAAGAAGGGAUUCGCGGAUGACGUCAUAUUUGAAAACUGUCAAAUACUCCUGUAUCCCGUUUACGAAGUCGAGCAAUAUAUAGAUUUUUUAAUGAAAAUCCGCGACGGCGACGCUUCUAUAAAAAGUACAAGCAAAGUUGAAGUAGACACAAGUUACAAUAACUUGAACUGGCGCAUAUUGACGGACAACCAGAUACUAAGUCUAGUUUUGUAUGAAAUUGAAAAGAAAUAUCACUUUAGUGGUGAUGGUAUUUGGAAUAAAUUGGAUGGUAGCAAAAUCAACACACACAUGUCAAAUCAGAAACUGAAACAAAACUCAACGAAUUAAAUGGAAUGUUAUAAAUAUA